GCCCAAAAAAAAGCCCCAGCAGCCAAGAGUUCAAGUACAAAAUUACCUCCCCCAAAACGAGCUCUAAAAGUUGAGCUUCAGACGCUGAGAAUAUCCGACGAGUCCGAGAGGCAACUGUUCAACACAUUGAAGCACGUCUACGGACCCUCGUUCAAGCUGAGCGAUGCCUCGGACUUUGAGAAUAACAAAAGAAGCGGCCUGGACACGCAGUAUUGGAAGGAGCGGGGCAACCUGGUGAUCCGUGAGAUAGUCGAUUACUCUUCCAAGGGUCCAACUCCCCAGGGCAAUGAAGCUCUGACGCAGCGGUUUGCCUCCUCGAAGCUCGAGAGCUACAGCUUCCACCCCAACCACUGCAAAGAAGCUCUGGCCUACAGUGACCGGAACUUGGGUCGUGCUCUGGAAAUUCUUUUCGAGAAAUAUUACCGCGUACCUGACAGUUCUGUUGAAGACGUCGACGUCAAUGACAUUCUGGAGAAGCGGAACGACGAGAAGUUGGCGCUAGAGUCAAUUUACGGCGAGAUGUUUUCUGAAAAAAUUAGAAACCGUCUCUGGGUGGUAAACUUGAAGCUGGAUUAUUUAAGUAAAAAUUCUGAUGAGACAGCUAAGAAAAAUAAUAGUAAAAAAAAUAAUAAUUAUAGUAGUAAUAAUAAUAAUAAUAAUAAUAAUAAAAAAAAUAAUCUUUGUAGAUUAUUUUUGAGCGGUAAAUGCAGGUUCGCAGAUAGGUGUAAAUUUUUGCACCAACAACCGGAGCCCAAGCAAGAUAAAGUCGCUGUGAAAGAUAACUCGGAGUAUUGUCUAGAAAUUAGAUUCCCAGAAGCUAAUAAAUAUCCUUACGAGCCGCCUUACAUGUACUUAUACAAAAGCGACGAGAUGAUGGCUUACCCGGAUAUAAAGUACCUGAUGAUUGUAAAGAGACUGUACGAAGAAGCUCUUGAGCAUUGUAACGGCGAGUCAUGUUUAUUUACUCUGAUUUCUCUUCUAGAAAACGCGGAAGAUAUGUUGGAGUACUUGAACACUCACCAGCCGGAUUUUAUAGACAUGUACGAGUCGUUGUUCACCAAAGCUCCUGAAGAAGUCGCCGAGCUGUCGACUCAUCACCAGAAAGGCUCCGUAGGCAGUCGAACUAAAAGUAAGUUAUCCGAGGAGGAGAUCAUCAAGCAAGACGACACUAUUUGCAAAAGAUUCAUGGAGAAAAACAGCAACCCGAAGUUCAGAAAAAUAAUCGAAGGACGCCAGAAGCUGCCGGCUUGGAAAAUGAUGGAUGAAAUUAUUGCUACAGUGGAUACCAACCAAGUUACCAUUAUAUCCGGAGAAACCGGUUGCGGAAAAAGUACCCAGGUGCCACAGUUUGUUCUGGACGACUGGAUUAUCAAUAGAGGUGAUAGUAAGAGUCAUGGAGAGAUUAUUUGCACACAGCCGAGAAGAAUUAGUGCCAUUGGGGUGGCUGAGAGAGUCGCUUUUGAGCGGGAUGAGAAGGUUGGUAGCACGGUGGGCUACCAGAUUCGCCUGGAGAGCAAGAUGUCCAGCUGGACACGAUUGACUUUCUGCACAACGGGUAUUUUAUUACAGCGAAUGUCCGGCGAUCCGACACUUAAGUCAGUGACGCAUGUUAUUGUUGAUGAGGUCCACGAGAGAAGUGCCGAGAGCGACUUUUUGCUGAUGCUUCUGAGGCAAGUUCUUCCCAAGAGACCGGAUUUGAAGAUUGUUUUGAUGAGCGCGACGCUUAAAGCAGAGACUUUCUCCAGUUAUUUCAACGGAACUCCAAUUUUGGAGAUACCAGGGCGAACUUUUCCGGUGGAUCAGCUGUUCCUUGAGGAAAUACUCGAGAGAUGCGACUACGCGCUGGAAGAAAACUCCAAGUACACUAGGAAGAUCCGCGGUGGAUGGGAGAACCUCCAGAUGGAGCUUGAUACCACGGACUUGGAUACUUUUGUAGGUUGCGCGCCGCAGGAUACCAUCGCUGAUGAAAAUUUACGGCUGUCUCAGCUGAUCGGGAGGUAUCCGGGUUGCUCGAAGAAAGCCAUUAGGAAUCUGUACGUGAUGGACCACGAGAAGAUCGACUACGACCUGAUAGAAAAGGUCCUGGAGUGGAUCGUCGACGGAGACCAUGACUACCCUCGCAAAGGGUCUAUCUUGGUGUUUUUGCCUGGAAUCGCCGAGAUAUCCGCCGCCAGGGACUCAAUUUCCGAGAACAGAAUUCUGUCUCCGCGAACUGGGAAUUUCGUGAUAGUCCCUCUGCACUCAACGCUGACGAGCGAGGAACAGGCGCUGGUGUUCCAGAAGCCCAAAAACGGAGCGCGUAAAAUAGUGCUUAGUACAAAUAUUGCGGAGACUUCGGUGACGAUUGACGACUGCGUGUUCGUGGUCGACUCGGGCAGGAUGAAGGAGACGAGGUUCAACUCAAACACCAACAUGGGGAGCCUGGAAACCUGCUGGGUGUCUAAAGCCAAUGCUAUGCAGCGGAAAGGACGUGCUGGAAGAGUAAUGUCCGGGGUUUGUAUUCAUCUGUACACUUCUAAUAGGUUCAGCCGGUUUCAAGGACAGCCCAUUCCGGAGAUCCAGCGGAUUCCGUUGGAGCCACUGCUGCUGAGGAUCCAGAUGAUGAACGCUGGAAAGCAACCCAAUCUUUACCAGGUCAUGGCUAAAAUUCUGGAGCCGCCUGAAGAGCAGAGUGUCAGAGAUGCUAUCAGGAGGCUUCAAGAUGUCGGUGCUUUUGAUUCUGAGUGCAAGCUCACGCCUCUUGGGCAUCAUUUAGCUGCGCUACCUGUUGAUGUUAGAAUUGGAAAAUUAAUUUUGUACGGAGUUAUUUUUUGUUGUGUUGACUCCGCGCUUACCAUCGCGGCUUGUUUGUCACAUAAAAGUCCUUUUACGAUGCCUUUUGAUAAGAGGCAGAGUGUUGAUGCUAAGAAGAAAGAAUUUAGCACUGCUUUUUCUGAUCAACUUACUAUUCUUAAAGCUUACAAGAAAUGGCAAGAAGUAAGUUCUCGAGGAUAUCACGCAGGUCAAGCAUUUGCUUUUGAAAAUUUUCUCUCUGUAAGAACGCUGCAAACUAUCGCAGAUGUAAAGCAUCAACUUCUAGAGCUCCUGGUAUCGAUAGGAUUCGCGCCGAUUGACAUUCACAAAAGAUCCACGGGAGUGGAUAAAGUUUUAGAGAUGUCGGGAACCGAACUAAACAGAAAUAAUGAUAAUUUAAAGCUUCUUCAAGGAUUACUUUGCGCGGCACUUUAUCCUAAUAUUGUUAAAAUUUACACACCUGAAAAAUCUUUUCAAAUGAGGUCCACAGGAGCCAUUCCAGCGCAACCCAAACCUGAGGAACUGAGAUUCAAAACUAAAGAUUCUGAGUAUGUUUAUAUUCAUCCGUCGUCGGUUAAUUUCUCAGUUCAACAUUUUCCGACUCCGUACUUGGUUUAUCAGGAAAAAAUGAAGACUAGCAAAGUUUUUAUCAAGGAAAUUUCGGUCAUUUCUAUGCUUCCACUUGUACUUUUCUCGGGGUAUGAUAUUAAUAUUCAAAAACAAGAUGGAGAGUUUUAUUUGUUGCUCGCUGAUGAGUGGAUUAAGUUUGCUGUUGAAUCAUCCGAGGUGGCUCAACUUCUGAAACAUGUAAGGAUUGAAUUAGUAAAAUUGUUGGAACAAAAAAUGCAAGACCCUCUGCUCAAUUUGCUUCAUCAUCAGAAUGGGCGAAGGAUUAUUGAUACAAUUAUUACUAUUUUAACGAGAGAUUAG